CUCCCAACCCCACUCUACACAUUAGCUCCUUAUAUACGGUAACUGGUUAGGGAGAAUGCAGGGAGAGAGAGAGAACGGCAGAGCGAAGACGAAGAGAGAGAGAGAGGGGGGGAGGGGGCUACCGUUGCGGAGUAUAACCUGCCCUUCUUUCGCUUCUCAGUCACGCCGCCUCUCUAGAUGACCAUUGCAAUCUCUUGGUCUUCUUUCAGUUCUUCCGCAUUCCUCCCGAAUCCCAAUAACUCCUCUCUUGCCUUCUCUCAAGGCAGAUAACGUCGCACCCAGCUUGUGCAAGCCCUCACCGCCUCCUCUCAUUGUCGGAAUGCGUUGUUGGAUCUGCGUUUCUGAGCAGAACUGGCUUUUCUAGGCACUUUCAGGCUUCAUAAAAGAUCAUUCUGCUGUUUGUUUCAUGGAAGGAGACAUGGUUGAGCAAGACUAUGAUGAAUUUGAGAUGCUUCUAGGGGAAAUUCCAUGUGCAACUUCUGGAAACCAUUUUUCAAGACAAGGUAGCUUCACUGCGCACUCUCGAGAGUUACAUAAAAACUCCACGGGGAAGGCGAGAGAAUUUUCUUCUUGCAACUUGGCUGCUAAUCUGCCUUCUCCAAGCAGAAAGGAUUCUGAACCGUAUAAUUUUCCUCGGCCUCCUACAACUAGAGGUUGCGCCUCUUUUAAUGGCAAUGUGGCCUUCUCCAAAAGUCCAGAACAUCAAAAACUCCACAGAACAAUAAAUUGUGGUUAUGAAAACUGCCUGACACUGUUACUAGAUGAAAUGAGCAUUAAUGAGAAUCUGACAUCAAAACCAAGUUCUCCUGCUUCAGUUAUGAACAUGGAGAGCCCUUUGAAUCACAUUUUUUUACAAAGUGGACAGAUUGUCAGCCGCCAAAACAACACCCUUCUGGGAUUUGAUGCCACAGAUAUGAGUAUUCCCCCAUCUGCAAGUAUUGAGCUAGAGAAACAGUCUCCUGCUCUGAAAAGAAAUGAGCUUGUAAAUCCAUGUGAUAGAAUUGAUGCUGAAUGUAAUGUGAAUUUAUUUAAAUCUGGUAAUGUUUAUGAACCAAACCAAAUCCCAGAGAGUUUAUUGGGUAACUCUACUGAGAAUCAGCAGGUCUGUCCAAUGAACACUAUGGCUAUGCCCAUGAAUCCAUGCUUUAAUACUUACCAGUUGCUUCCAACUGCACAUGGAGUACAUUUACCUAAAUUAUAUCAGCCCAACUAUUUUGUGGAUACUCAAUCCCCUCCCAUGCAUCUAGCUCAACCAGGUAUGUUUAGGCAUAGUAGGGAAGAGGAAAGUUUUGGUCGUCUCUAUCAACAUUACUUGUAUGCACAGAAUUUGCAAAGUCAAAGACCUGAAAUCCGUCAAGUUAAAAGGAGUAUGAAUUUUGGCAUGGGGCCUUUCAAUGGAAAUAAUUUUCACCAAUGCUCUGGCCUUUCUAUCCCUCAACACCUUGAACAUUGUAAUCAAAAUUUACAUUUGAACGAUCCGACAAUUUAUAAUAAUUCUAGUUUGUUGGAUUAUCGCCAAUACUUGUGUCAACAGUCAACUGGGAGACUUGAGAACUUUUGGCCUACGAAUGGAGAGAAGGUAGUAUCUAUUAGUAGUCUAAGUUGUUCUGUCAAGGAUUCUCUGGGGCAUCAGAGUUUUGAAGUUAGAAAGCAAAGCUUUCCUGAGAUGUUUUUAACAAGGUCACAUGGUGUGAACUCAAUGGGAGUUCUUAGGCCCAAUCUUGUUACACCUGAUCAGCGAUUUCUCCUUGAUGAAAACAGGUUGAGAUGGUCAAAUGGCGAUGCCCAUCUGUCUUAUGGUCUGAAUAAUAGAUCCUUGCAAUUUGAUGAUCAAAGCUAUGAAGGUUCAUGUCUUGAUGUAUUUUACUCCGGGCUUGCUUCAAAGUCAAUGCAGAGAAAUUUUAAUUCAGUCGAUGAAAUAUCAGGGAGAAUAGUUUUGAUGGCAAAGGAUCAGCAUGGCUGCCGUUUUUUGCAGAGAAAAUUUGCUGAAGGCAGUCAGGAAGAUAUAGACAAUAUCUUUUCAAAGAUUAUUUUCCACAUUGUUGAUCUCAUGACUGAUCCUUUUGGAAAUUAUCUCAUUCAAAAGCUUCUUGAAGUAUGCAAUGAAGAGAAAAUAAUGUUUAUACUGAAGGUCAUUACCAGAAAUAAUGAUGAGCUUAAUAGAAUCUCUUGUGAUAUGCAUGGGACUCGUGUUGUGCAAAAGAUAAUUGAAACUGUGCAGACUCCAGAGCAGAUUUCUAUGAUUGUGUCAUCGUUAGCGCCUAAUAUCAUCUCAGUAAUGAAGCAUAUCAAUGGCAAUCAUGUUGCACAACGGUGCUUGCAAUAUCUUUCUAAGUUUAGCAUGCUUCUUAUUGAUGCUGCAAUUGCUCAUUGUGUCGAGCUGGCCACAGAUCGCCAAGGCUGCUGUGUACUUCAAAAAUGUCUCAUACAUUCAGAUGAUGAGCAAAAGAAGAGGCUUCUUGAUGAGAUCUCAUCCUACUCACUGAUACUUUCUAAAGAUCAAUAUGGGAAUUAUGUAGUUCAAUAUGUCCUGGAUCUAAAAGACCCAUGGGCAACCGCUGUUGUACUGGAACAGUUUCUGGGAAAUUAUGACCAUCUUUCAGUGCAGAAGUACAGCAGCAAUGUUGUUGAAAAAUGCCUCAAACUUGCCGAAAAGGACGAUUUUGCCAAAAUUAUUCAGGAAUUAAUGGGAUCUGAUCUGCUAUCACAGAUCCUGCAAGAUCCAUACGGAAACUAUGUAAUGCAAACCGCUCUAAUCGAAUCCAAGGUGCACGAAGAUCUUCAUACUGAUCUUGUGGAGGCCAUCAUUGCACUUGCUCCUACCCUGCGCAGCAGUCCUUACGGGAAGAAAGUUCUCUCCACCGCCUGUCUGUCUGUCAAGAAGUAACAUUUUUGACAUUUUUAAUUGCACAGUCAACUUUUUGCUUUAUUGCAUAGUACAGGUAUGUCUUACAGAAAGGAAAUGUAAAGAUAAAAAAAACCAAAACCAAAACUGCAUUGGUGCUGUAAAGAAGGUAAUAGGAAUUGUUCUAAAUUUAAAUGAUGUUAUCACUCAAGAAGUUCUGCAUAAUGGUUAUACCAAUUUAUUUUGGGAAACCAGUUUCUUCUUGAAGGUUUGUUAGCUUGUCUUUUGGAGUCGAAACCGAGGGGAAAAGUUGUAGUUGCUUCGUGUAAUGUAUAGAAUCUUAUAAUAUUUUGUGAUUGUCAUUGGAAUCAUAGGUUAUUUGAGAUGUUCAUUGGCUAUAUCGUCCUUUUUCGUGCUUUUUUUUCGUUCUUGCA